AUGGGUAGCAAAGCCAAUGUUGUGGUGGUCUACGGAGAAGCUUCUACCACUGUAUUUUUGAGAUGGUUUCCAUAUCUAUCAAUGCUUGGGAGCCCGAAAACAAAUGUAAAAGGUAAAGUAUGGAUAUCAACAGCCCAAUUUCAGUUCAUUUCCUUUGCAUUUCAACGGGAUUGGGAUGCAGAAAUAUUCAAUGGUGCCAUAACCUUCAGAAUUCACUCCAAUAAUCUACCUGGAUUUCAUGAAUAUGUUGAGGACAGGAACCCUUUCAAUGCAGAAGGUGAUGAUUUCAUCUGGGAUUUCUGGCAACAAGCCUUUGGCUGUGUAUUCCCACAUCACAUUCUGGGUGAUGCCAAAGGAGAUAUCUGCACUGGGAAAGAGAGAGUGGAAAACCUUCCUGCAUCUCUCUUUGAAAUGACUGUGCAAGGUCUAAGCUACAGCAUCUACAAUGCUGUCCACACUGUUGCCCAUGCAUUGCAUGCCAUGUUCUUACGAAGACUCAGAUACCCAGGAAUGGUGGAUGGAAGGCGAGAGAAGCUUCAGAAGCAGCAGUUUUGGCAGCUCCAUCAUUUUCUGAGAGCUGUCUCAUUCAACAACAGUGCCGGAGACAUGGUGUCCUUCAAUCAGAAUGGGGAGGUAAUAUCUAGUCUGGACAUUAUCAACUGGAUUAUUUCCCCCAACCGGUCUUUUCAUAGGGCUCAGCCUCUUUCUAUCUGUACUAAGAACUGUCGCGCAGGAUCGAGGAAGAAAGUGAAGGAAGGAGAACCGUUUUGCUGCUAUGAUUGCAUCCCAUGUCCAGAGGGAAAAAUUUCAGUCCAGGAAGAUAUGAGUGACUGUGAUAAAUGCUCAGACAAAGACUAUCCAAGCAAGAACCGAGAUGCAUGUAUUCCCAAGGAUAUAAGCUUCUUGUCUUAUGAAGAACCUUUAGGAAUCAGUUUAGUCUGCUUUUCGCUUUCAUUUUCUCUGAUGACAGCUCUGGUGCUGGGUACAUUUAUGAAGAACCAUGACACUCCUAUAGUCAUUGCAAACAACAGGAGCCUCACCUACAUUCUCCUCAUUUCUCUCCUGCUCUGCUUCCUUUGUGCACUGCUCUUCCUUGGCCAGCCUGAGAAGGUGACCUGUGUCCUGCAACAAACUGCUUUUGGCAUCAUCUUCUCAGUGGCUGUUUCUUGUGUAUUGGCAAAAACCAUCACUGUGGUUCUGGCUUUCAUGGCCACCAAACCUGGAUCCAGGAUGAGGAGAUGGGUGGGGAAGGGGCUGGCCAACACCAUUGUCCUUUCCUGCUCCUUUGUCCAGGCAGGGAUCUGUACUGUGUGGCUAGCAACCUUUCCCCCAUUUCCAGAUGUAGACAGUUACUCAGUGGAUAAAGAAAUUAUACUAGAAUGCAAUGAAGGGUCUGUGGUGAUGUUUUACAUUGUUCUGAGCUAUAUGGGCUUCCUGGCAAUUAUUAGUUUCAUUGUCGCUUUCCUUGCCAGGAAAUUACCUGACAGUUUCAAUGAAGCCAAGUUCAUCAGUUUCAGCAUGUUGGUCUUUUGCAGUGUUUGGCUAUCCUUUAUUCCUUCCUACCUGAGCACCAAGGGAAAAUACAUGGUUGCUGUGGAGAUCUUCUCUAUCUUAGCCUCUGGUGCUGGGAUGCUGGGUUGCAUAUUUUCCCCCAAAUGUUAUAUUAUUGUGUUCAGGCCUCAGCUGAACAACAGGGAGCAACUAAUAAGGAAGUAA